AUGAAGCCAUUACUACUUUACACGCUGUUGUUGUCGUUGUUAUUUUCGGACGCCCUCGCAGAACCCUUGCCCCAAGUUUUGGAGAAAUUUUGCAAAAAUUUCGAUAUUUAUACUUUGCUUGUGUUUGGAGGCAAUGGCAGCUUUGAUUAUUGGGAUAACUCCCCGAAUUCGAUAUCACUGCCCAGGGUAGUGGUAGGCCAUGCUGUUGCCAAGGAUCUGAGAGAAUCACAGGGCGAGAGAGUCAUGAGUUUUGUGAAUUUGGAUACAAAUUCCGUUGACUAUUUGGAGGAGAUUUUGAAACCUUCUUUGCUGUUUCUGCAUUUGAGAGACGUACUGUUUUAUACCAACACAACCUGGGUGAGGGGAGAGGAGUGGCUGUGGUUGUUUGAAUGGCUAUGGGAUCAGGGAUUUUGGAGGGUAUUGCUGAUGAAUGAAGCAGAUCAGUAUUUGGGUAUGGAAUGUCUACCAAAGAUGCAAAUGAGAGUCCUAACCUUGGAGGGUUAUUUUGCAAUGAGAGAGCGGAGAUAUUUGGAUCUCCAGGGAUUUACAAUCAAGACGGCAGUGGGUAACAACCCGCCUCGCGUCAUUGCCUACUUCGAUGAGGAGGGUAGAUUGCAGGUGAGCGGAUUCUAUGGCAAUACCUUGAAAAUAUUUGCCGAGAUUUACAAUGCCUCGCUGGAAUAUGUGGUUAUGCCGAACAUGUCGCAUUAUUCGGUAUUGGAUUGCAUCCAAUCGGUAAGGGAUCACGAGGUGGAUGUGUGCAUGGAUGUCAUAUUGUGGGGUACGGGGAUUGAGACCACGCGACCCUUUUACAUUGUCAUUAGCCAUUUGAUGGUGCCCUAUGACACGCCUCUGGAGAAAUAUGAAUAUUUUCGCAUGUCCUUUGGCCGCGAGGUAUGGAUUUUGAUUUUCUUCACCUUUUGCUGCACCGUGGUGCUUCUGAUUGUCGUGGAAUACAAGGAGUAUCGACGUUUGAGUUUAAUCAACAAUAUCUUUACCACCUUUCAAAGUUUCAUCUGUGCCUCGUUUAGCCUGCAGCAUUUCUCGCAGAAUUAUCGCUACGGCCUGGAGGCCAUCCUCAUCUUUAGUGGUUUCAUGAUUUCCAAUUAUUAUCUCUCCAUACUCUCCUCCAUUUUGCUGACGAAGAUCUAUAAACGUGAAAUCAAUUCUGUGGCAGAUGUCGUGUCGCACAAUCUGAGCAUUCUGACCACAGAUUUCCAGCAAUGGAUCCUGGAAGUAACCAAGGCUUCGCCUUUGAUUCGACAACAAACGGUGGUGGUAUCGGAGGAAUUUGCCGUUCGCAAUCAACGUCUACUCAAUCCGGACUAUAUUUAUUUUGGUUUGGAUGAGAAAUUGGAUUUUUUCCUUUAUCAGCAGAAAUUUUUAACCCGACCCCGUCUCAAGAAGUUGGGCGAUGAGGCCGUGACCACAGAUAUUGGGGAGAUACCCAUGCGUUCCUAUUGGCCAUUCCAGGAUGUCUUGGAAAGCUAUUGUGAUAACCUCUUCAGUGGUGGGGUCUAUGCCUAUAUCGACGAGGAAACCUAUCAGGAUGGUAUACGUCUCAAGCAGAUCGCCUUUAUACCCAAUGAGGAUUUAUCCGUGGAACCAUUGUCGCUGGAAUAUUUUGUGCUGUGUGGCCUGAUAUUGGCCGCAGGAUAUUUAUUGGGUUUGUUGUGUUUUGUAAUUGAGAUUUUUGUUUACAAGAAAAUUGGCAGGAAAUAAAG